GAACAAAGCUUCAAACUAGUUUUUACUCACUUGCUGCAGCUAUAGAAUGAAGAGGGUUGUUUACAAAUUAAUUUAAUUUUUUAACCUACAAUUUUCAAUUUUUUAAGUUAGAUGCAUAAGCUGUUAUCCCUAAUUUUUGUUUUGUUGGUAAAUUGUUCUUCCACGGUUAAUAAUAAUUUAAGAAUCUGUAUAGAUAAGUAAUAAUUAUGUUGUCUACCGAAUCUCCAUCUGCAAUACGAUGGUUACUCUCCUUUCUUAUUCCUACCCUGGUUGUUAUUCAUGGUUAUCGCAAAAAACAUCUUAACUGGACUGGAUCCAUUUCUGGUAAGCAUUCAUUGUUGGCUUCAUCCUUACAAUUAGUAACUCCUGUUUUAUGGCCUGUAUGUUGACAUUUUUCUUUACCUCAUCUCGUGCAACUAAAUAUAAAAGUCAUCUGAAACGUAAAAUUGAAUCAGAUUAUGAAAAAUCAAGCUGUCGUAAUUGGAUUCAGGUUAUUUGUAAUGGUGGAGUGGCUUCUCUAUUUGCCCUGGUCUUUAUGUCUUAUCAAGGAGUUGGCCAAGAAAUUCCAAUCAAUUUAAAUGACAAUUUUUAUUCUUCAUGGUUUGCAAUUGGAGUUAUGGGAAGCAUUGCUUGCUGUAACGGUGAUACAUGGGCUUCUGAAUUAGGCCUAGCCUUAAGCUCUGACAAUCCUAGAUUAAUAACAACAUGGCGUAAAGUUCCUAAAGGUACAAAUGGAGGUGUUACUCUGAUUGGUCUGAUACUUUCAGCUUCGGGAGGAUUAGUCAUUGGACUUGUUUACUAUUUGGUUUUAAUAUGCUCUGUGGACCAAAAUAUUCUCGCAAUUAAUCCACCGCAGUGGCCAAUUAUUUUUUACGGACUCAUUGCUGGCCUUUUAGGAUCAGUUAUUGACUCGUUAUUGGGAGCAACAUUGCAAUUUUCUGGUUUGAAUCGUGCCACUGAAACGAUUGUCGAAGUACCCGGUCAAAAUAUUGAAUGGAUCAGUGGGGUUCCAAGACUAAAUAAUCACUCGGUCAACAUUUUAUCGUCUCUUUCUAUGGCUUUGAUUACGCCUUUGAUCUCUCAAUUUCUAUGGCCAUAAACAUAUACAAGCUUCAAAAACUGACUCAGCAGCUC